UACAUGUUCUGUAAAAUUGUCAUCUUACUUAAAUAAAUAUAACUAAAGCUAGUUAUUCUGAGAUAAACAUACAUACAAUCACAUUUUUAAUUUCCCAUACAUAGUUGUAUUUAUUAAAGGUGACAUAUUUAAACACAUAUAUUUUGGCGAGUUAACAAUAGAAAUAUGAUCAGUGGGAACAAACCAGCACAAAAAUUAUUGUUUAUUUGUUCAUCGUUUACUUGCAUUUAUUUUCCAGGCAUAUUAAUAUUAUUAAAAAUUAAUGGAACAUUGUAUAAUGUUGGCUCGUACAAAUUUAUUCCUAUAUUAUUAAUAUUGAUGUUUGCUGAAGUGAUAAAAGUAAUCUUCUCUUUAUUACAAAGAGAACCAGUGCUUAUUACCAAGAUAGAAACUAAAACAUCAAAAAGUAAAAGAUCAAGGAUAAAAUAUAUUAAAGAAGGUUUUAAAUUUGUUAUCACAGGCAUUAUAUUGUCAAUCAUUUAUUAUUUCCUUAUUAUUAUGUUCGGUGCGCCAGUUUUUAAUCAGCAAGAAGAAACCACCAUGCUUACAAUAAUAUUAACAUGUUUAACAUUUGUUCCUGCUAGUUUACAUUUAGGAGUAAAUACAACGGUCAAUAUUUUAAUAGGAGCAGAAACACAGAAAGAGAAUGUACUUAUCAAUGCUGCUAAAAUUGUUAUAAAAACUACAUUUUUGGGUACUUGGUUAGGUGCUAUUGUAAUUCCAUUAGAUUGGGAUAGACCGUGGCAAGUAUGGCCUAUCCCUUGCGUAAUAGGUGCUCUUCUUGGUUAUACAAUUGCACAUUUUAUCAUUGUUUUUAAGACUCUACCUACAUUGAAACAAAGUAAAACGUUUUAAAUAACUCCGUAUGUUUAUCGACUCUAACAAAAUUAUGUAUUAAACUAGAAGCAAGAGAUACAUUUAUAUUUGUUAUAACAAGUACAAAUGUAUUUAUGUAAAUAUUAUUAUAAGUUGCAUUUAUAGAAAUAAUGUAAGAUAUCAUACCAUCCUACUUAUUCUUGUAGUAUAAUCAUUUAAUACAAUCAAUCAUCUAACAACACCCUUCAUGUAUUUUAUUAUUUUAUCAUAUAUGUUUACAAAUACGUAUGUAUAAUAAUCAUUAUAUAAAUAACGAAAGAAGAGGGAGAAAAAAAAAGAAGAAAAUGCACCACAACCUUAUGUUUAACUGAUUUUUAUUAGUGAAAAAGCUUCCGUUAACCGACUGAUUACAUUCACUUUAUACAACAAAUACGUAGAUCCGUAACGUUAAUUACGGUUUGACGGGUGUUAAGUGUUCGGCAUGUAUCAAUGAAUAUCAUAGAUAUUACACGAUUUUAACGCGUGAGUAAAGAACGAAAUGUCUUUUCCUUCAUAUGGGUAUAUAUGUAUGAUCAAUCGUGUUUCGUGUAUAUAUAUGUAUGUGCGCGUGAUGUAUGUGUGUAUAUGUGUACCCAUUUAUCAGCCGCGCGUGUAUGGGUGGGUGCUUACAUACGUGCAUGCACGAGAAGAGAUAUCCUUACCAAAAAAUGAAAUAAUACUAUGAGAAAGACGAUUUAACGAUCGUCCAACUUGGAUUUUGACUAUCGUCUACAAUAAGACUACCAUCGUCUUUUAUUUGUUGUAUAAUUAAUUAGAGUUAAUCGGAUCGAUCGGAACAAUCCUCCACGUAGAACGAACGGACGAUAAUAAGAAAAGCGAGGGUAACGCGUUACGCGAGUAUGUGCGGACGAUUACAUUAAAGAUCUAUGUGUAUGUAUGGAUGGUGCAUGAUGAUGUUGUAUGUGUAUGUGUGUGUUAUAUGUACGAUGUUGUAUGUGUAUGUGUAUGUGUAAGCAUGUAUGUAUGUAUGUGUGUAUGAUGUAUGUAUGUAUGUAUGUAUGUAUGUGUGUAUGAUGGAUGGAUGGAUGGAUGUAUAUAUGUAUGUCACACGGCUACUAAAUAUCCGACAACGGGAUCGCAAAAUAAUUGUCAAAAAAUGAAGCACUUUGACCGCAAACGCGAUAUGCAUGUCUAUCGGAUUACAUAGUAACGUAUUGUUCUUUUUUUGUUCCUUUUUUAUCUUGUAUUUUUUUUGUUCUUUUUUUGUUCUUUUGCUUAAGUUUCAGAAAUGCUUGACGCAUCUUCGCGUACUCCGUAAUCGGUGACAA